AUGUUCGUCAAGGCAUUCCUCGUCGGCGCCCUCGCCACUCUCGCUGCUGCUCAGUCGACCGUCCUCACCUUCACCCACGUGCCCAACCCCGUCACCGCUGGUCAACCUCAAACUAUCAGCUACACCACCAACGACGCCAGCUCUCCCGUCACCAUCAUCUUGCGCAAGGGCCCGUCUGGCAACCUCCAGACCAUCAGCACUUUGACCCGUGAGUCUCUUCUCCAAUCCGUCGAGGGUUGCCAUCCCGAGGCUGACUUGACAUUCAGAAUCGGCCACCGGUGGCCAGUACAUCUGGACUCCUGCAACCACCCUUGAGGAUGGCUCCGACUACGCUCUCCAGAUCACCCAGGGCGACCAGCUGAACUACUACGGUCCUUUCACCCUUCAGGGCGCCAGCGGUGUGGCCUCUUCCUCCUCGUCCCUGACGAGCUCUGCCUCCUCGACUAGCUCUGCCUCCUCGACCAGCUCUCCUUCCAUCAGCACCGGAAGGUAAGAAUCGCAAGCCUUGAACAUCUCCUGGUUGAAUUCUUUCGCUAAUCCUUCUCUCAACAGCGCUUACAGCUCCGCCCUCGGCGCUGCCACUGUCACCUCGUCGCGCAACAUGUCCGCCAUCACCACCGCCACAUACUCUGCUGGCACCGGUGUCUCCAUUUCCCGCAACGCUACCAUGAGCUCCGCCGGCCUCUCCAGCACCCGCGCUGGUGCAUCAUCGACUGCCGCCGGUGGUGCUGGCUCGACCAACCCUGCCGGUUACCAGGGUACCUCGACCGCAUCUAGCUCCGUCGCUGUCUCGACCGGUGGCGCCUCUGGAAUCACCGCCACUGGCAGCGCUAUCGCUCUCGUCUUCGGUGCCGCCGCCGCCGUCCUCUUUGCUUAA